AUUCCCAAUUCUAAAAGCUGCAAAUCUAUCUCUCUUUUUAGAUAGCUGUGUGGGGUGUUCAUAGUUACAUAUAAUAUAUAUUCAUGCGCGUGCUCAAAGAGCUAGCAGAAAUGUUAUAGAGUAGUAAAAGCCAAAAAGGGUCUUGUUUUUCGAUCUUGUUCAUUUAGCAUGGCUUCUUAUUGCUCUUGUUGUGUGGUGCAACUCUUCUUCUUCUUCCUUGGCGUAGUGGUCUUCUUAAAUGUUGGGUGUCUUGAUGGUGUUCAUGCAGCAACAACGGUGAAAGUGGGUAACAUUUCAAAGGUGGAAGAUGCCGUCAAUUUCCAUAUAUACUAUGGCCAGACCUUCAAAGUCAUCAAGAAUGCCAUUGACGGCAAGAGCUACCUUCUCAUCCAGGAUAACUCGAGGAUGGCAGCAAGGACAAAAUAUUGCACCCCAAGGAUCAAAUCGUUCGUCAUCCCAAUGUCAAACUAUUCCAUUGAUACCGAAUUAUUUGCAGUUUCCUUUUUCGAGCUUCUUGGCUUACUAGGGAGCUUGAAGGGCAUUACAUCAGAUUCUGUGGCUUCUCAAUGUGUAUUAAAAUUGUAUGAAGGUGGAGAAAUUGAGAUAAUUAACAAGAGUGAGCCCCAACAACUUGCGCAAUUUGCAGUACACUUUGUUACCAACACUGAUCAACAAGAAGCUUGCAAUUUUGCAUCUUUUGCUCCCUUUGGAGAAGAGACACCUCUGCAGAGGGCAGAGUGGAUCAAGUUUUUGGGAGUUUUUGUAAAUCUUGAAACUACAGCCAAUCAAGUCUACGAUGCAGUUAAAGAAAAUUAUUUGUGCUUGACUAAAGUCGCGGCGAGCAAGAAAUCAUUCAAACCAACAGUAGCCUGGAUGGGAUAUUAUGAUGGUGUCUGGUCAUUUACAAAGGAAACAUACAAGAUGAAGUACACAGAAGAUGCAGGUGGAGGGAAUGUGGACAACUCUAUCAAUAAGAUGAGCUAUAACAUCUCUAAUUCUGAUGAUUUGGAUGAAUUGCAUGCCAUCCUAUGUACUGUGGAUGUCAUUAUUGACGAAACAUAUACUGCUGAUCCAUCUGGCUACAAUUUAGCAGCUUUUCUCCAGAAUGUAAAUAUUGAAGAUCACUCCUGUUUUGCUUUUCUUACAAACCAAAGCUUAUGGAGAUAUGAUAAAAGAGUUUACAACUCAACUACUCUUGAUUGGUUUGAUGGAGCUGUCUCUCAACCCCAGUUGGUUUUAGCAGAUCUUGUUGAAGCUUUAUUUCCUACAGGAAAUUACACUACAACACAUUUUAGAAACCUUGCAAAGGAAGAAGGAGUAAUAAGCAUCAGUGCUAACAUGUGUGACAGGGAUACCUCCGUAGCAUUGCAGCCCACCAUAGUAGCUUGCGGAUAAUGCUUCAUAUGGUUUCAAAUUAUUUUAUUUUUUAGAAUGAAUUUCAAAUUAUUUGUCCUCAAGGUUGUUUAGUAUUCCUUAAAUUUGAUGGUAUAGGCUACACAAGGAUAUAAUUCUAUUAAUUAGUUUUUCAUAAUAUUUGUAGCACUCAUAAUUGCAUUGAUUCAAUUUUUCAGAGCUAUAAAAUAUUACAUUGUUACA